AUGCCGAAAGGCCGGGGCGCGCGCCACACGCUGGCCCUGUUCGGCUGCCGGGGCCUAUUCGUGUCGUACGCGCUGCGGGUCAACAUGUCGAUGGCAAUCGUGGCCAUGGUGAACGGCACGUGCGCUGGCUCUGACGGCGACCUACAACAGCACCCCCACCGGCGACGAACGACUUCUGCCCGGGCAAACCGCAGCUGGCAGCUGGGACCCGAGCUGCCUGAGGACGGCCCGUUCGUCUGGAGCGAGCUGACCCAAGGCGUGAUCCUGAGCGCCUACUUCGCCGGCUACACGGUGUCCCAGGUGCCCGGUGGCCGGCUGGCCGAGCGGGUCGGCGCCGUGCGCACCCUGGCCGGUGGCAUCGGCGCCACCGGCCUGCUGACCCUGCUGACGCCCGUCUGCGCCCUCUACAGCCUCCACGCGCUGGUGGCCGUCCGGGCUCUGCAGGGACUCGCCAGUGGCGUGGUCACUCCGGCCGUGCACUGUCUGCUCGCCCGCUGGGUGCCGCCGCUGGAGCGGAGCCGGAUCAGUACAUUCGUCUACGUCGGCAAGCAGCUGGGCACGGCCGUGACGAUCCUGGUGGCGGGCCCGCUGGCCAGCUGGAGCUGGGGCGGCGGCUGGCAGGCCAUCUUCUACGUGACAGGAGGCCUCAGCCUGGUCUGGUGUGUGCUCUGGCUACUGCUGGUGCACGAGAGGCCCGCCGACCACCCCCCGCAUCACCUUCAGGAGAGCGCGUCUACAUCUACACCCUCACCAGGCAGACCCUUGGACUUCCCGUGGAAGCAAGCUCUCCUGUCACGACCGUUCCAAGCUCUGGUCGUGGUCCACUUCUGCGAGAACUGGGGCGACUACCUCAUCAUGACGGAGCUGCCGACGUACAUCAGCACAGCGCUGCGCUACCCACUCAACACUAACGCCAUGUUCUCGGCGCUGCCCCAGCUGGCCAAGGUGGCGUUUGCCGUGGGCGUGUCGUUCGUGGCCGACUGGAUGGCGCGCGGUCGGCUCAGCCUGACUGCCAACAGAAAGCUCUGGAACUCGGUCGGCCUGUACAUUCCGGCGCUGGCGCUGGUUGGAGUUUCCUUCGCAGGGUGCCAUGAUGCUCUUGUCCUUUCUCUGAUGGUCGUCACAGUGGGCUUCAACGGCGGCGUUCUGUCAGGCUACAACAUCAACCACAUGGACCUGGCGCCCAACUUUGCCGGCACGCUCAUGGGCCUAACCAACUGCGUGGCCACGCUGGCCGGCGUGCUCGCGCCGUUCCAGGCAGGCUACGUCCUCAACCAGCAGCCAUCCCUGGCCAACUGGCGAACGGUGUUUCUGACGGCGGCCGGUCUUUUCGCCUUCGGCAACACCGUAUUCUGCCUGUUCGGCUCGACCCAGCUGCAGCCCUGGAAUGACCCCCUGCCGACGCCCUGUCUGCUGGUGGAGGAGGACCAGCAGCAGAUCCAGCGCAGGGUCCGGCAGACGGCUGUCCUGUAACCACAGUGUUCGUGACCCCACACAAAGGCGCUCCGAGUGGACGAUCACGGGUCCAUUUUGUAUGCUUCCAGAGGCGUAUCCAGGCUUUGGUAUCGGGGAAGCUGCUACGGCUACGGCUAUGGAAUGGCUUUGGUAUAUAGGGCAGCGCAUCACUGCCGCAUCGUUGAUUAGUCUCGUCUUACGGAGGUGUUGCCAGUAGUUUAGAGGCCACAACUCCUGAUCGCGAUACGAUGUGCCCGCGGUUCGCCAUUGUCGCCACCCACAGCAGCCACCCCACUGAUGAGGGCGGGGUGUGACGGCUCCGGCUCGCCUCUCAACGGGGAACCUUCAGCCGGCUCGCAGCGGACUAAGCCGCGGGUGCAGUGGCAGCGGUGCCAGACCGAUGCCAAUGGCGUCCUGUCGCCGCCGUACUUAAGGAGCGGCCACUCGCCCCCGCCUGGUACGCUAGCGCCUCGUGCCAAGCUCCAGCGCCUCGCCAGCGCCUGGUGCGCUGGCGCUGACGCCAAGCGCCAAGCAAGACAGUAUGCUUUGAGCGGGCCAGCUGUAACCAGAUGCGCGGGGCAAGUGGUCUGCGGGUCUGUUGAUUGUGAUCUGUGGGUCUGUUGAUGUCGCCAUUCAUCAUGCGCGGUCGCUUCGCUUUCGAUGACAAUUUGUGGAUGAAAGCUCCAUGGCUGAGAAGCAAGAGGCCGCGAGACAAAGGCUUCUCCACAGAAGAACGGGAGAACAAGUGCUACCGCUUAUUUCGUAAUUUAACAUUAUGCGCCAGUAGCCUCUCACGAAUGUCAUCUUGGAAGCGAUUAAAUAGCGCAGAAAUCGCUCAACCAAGGCUACUAACGAGACGGUGGGGUCCCAGGAAAGAGUUACGCUCAUGCGUGUGUGACAUGCAGCUCGAAUUAAGUCGAUGAUGUUCACGGCGCACAGGUCUCAAAGGCAUCCAGCCGUAAUGCGGGAGUAUCUUUACCUGAUCGCGAGAGAUAAGCGAGAACACAGACAUGUACGAUGGAUCAUUGACUUCGCUGAGAUGUGCAUGAUUGUGCAAAGCCGCUUGCGUUGUGUGUUUAACGACAUGAUUUGCCUUCCGACGUACUCCAGCUGAAUGACCUCUCGUUUGGCUUGUCGCUUACGUUUGAUUUUUAGACGAGUACCUGUUACUGCGCGUAGCUCUAUUUCGCCAUCAGGCCACAUGGGCCUGCCGACGAGAGACGUGCUCUAGAUACACCGCAGGAUGUACUCACCUCACUCGUCGAGCGCUGGGCGAGCUUCCGUGUCGCUCAGGUAAUGCCACUGGGCAUUACCACACCGUUAUAUUAUGGUAUAUGUAUUUGUAUUGCCGUCGCGAACUUGCCGACAGGAGAUGUGACCAGCCAUGUCUACGUGGCGAGUGCUGUUGAUCGCUGCUCUGUGAUAUGCAAAGCAUAUUGGGGCAAUAUGCUGUUGCCAUGAAAUCGAGCUUUGUUAUUAACUUUCGAGGAAGGACGUUUGGGAAAUGCUGUGUUUGCAAUGCUAUCACGCUUAUGGUCCCACAUA